UUUGUAUUCGUCUUCAACAGGAUUGAGGAAGGAGAACGAGCCUUACGAUUCUGCGGAAUUCUUCGAGCUCAUUGAUCAACUCGCUCUCUCGUUCAGCAACAGGAUGUCGGAAUACCUCAUGGGGGAUUUGGACAGUGUGUCUUCGAUGACUGGUGGAUCGACGAAAACUGGGUCCUCGGAGUACCUGGCCAGCCUGGAUAUGGAAGGCGCAUCCGUGGGAUCCACCGGCGAGGAGACCAAAGACGACGAGUGGACCGACGAGAAGGCUGAUGCUGUGUUGCUGAAGCUGGAACAAGGCGUGGAAUACUCGCUUCAUCGAGCCAAGGUUUGGUCGAAAUAUGCGAAGGAUGUGACGUCGUACGUGGAGAAACGAGCCGCCCUUGAAAUGGAGUACGCUAAAAAUCUCAACAAGCUCGCACGCAACGUUCGGCCGACAUUGAACGAAGAG